AUGCCCAUUACCAUCCCCAUCCCCAUCGCUGUCACCAUCACCAUCCCCAUCACCGUCACCAUCACCAUCCCCAUCACUGUCGCCAUCCCCAGCACCAUCCCCAACACCAUCCCCAUCCCCAUCCCCAUUACCAUCACCAUCCCCAUCACUAUCACCAUCACCGUCACCAUCCCCAUCACCGUCACCAUCACCAUCCCCAUCACUCACCAUCCCCAUCAGUCACCAUCACCAUCUGCAUUAUUGCCACCAUCCCCAUCCCCAACACCAUCCCCAUCCCCAUCCCCGUACUUUCCCCUUGGAAACAAACCCUUGAUUUAA